AAACUAACGUCUAUGAAGAAAAAAUGAGAACGAGAAAUGGAGGGAAGGGAAAAAAAAAAAAGAAGAGGUCGGCGAGUUGCUGUCCCAACUGCCCUUGGCAGAUACAAUGUCACGAUAUAUGACUUCCCUGGUAGCCACGUGUCCAUCUGAAUCAUCUACACUCUCCACGUAACCCCCUCUCGCUUUACACUCUCUCCUUUAUGACACUUGUUAACGCCACCAAAAUUCUCUGUUUUCUCAAUUUCCCAUGACAAAACGACCAAUUUCCCUGUUCUACUCUUUUUCUUACUCUGCCACAUUAUUUUAGCCACCUCUUAUGGAGGUUCCAGUGGGGUUUCUGGCCAAUCUAUGGAGCUUCAUCUCAUUCUUCCCUUUCUUCUUAUUGCUCUUCACCCUUGGCCUCCUCAAAGCUGCAAUAAUAGGGCCAAUCGUGGUAGCUAUCGUUGUGGUUGGGAAUUCAGCUGUAAUAAUUGGUCUUUGGCCUGCUCAUUUUAUCUGGACUUACUACUGUGUGGCAAGGAGCAAGAGACUUGGAUUGGUUCUGAAGGUUCUUGCGUUGGUAUUACUGCCAGUCCCCUCGGUCCUCUGGCCAUGUCUUGGGAUUGUUGCAAGUGUUUUGGGUGGAAUUGGGUAUGCGCUUUUUGCUCCCCUUAUUGCAACAUUUGAAGCUAAGGGCAAGAAUUUCACUGAAAAAAUCUUCCACUGCUUUGCUGAUGGUUGUUGGUCUACCAUCAAGGGAAGCUGCAUUGUGGUUCUAGAUUUAAUAGACUUUUGCUUCCACUCUUAUUUCUCCUACAUGGAUGAAUUAGUUGCGCAAAUACCUGCUGAGGAAAAGCCAAUGGAGAUCAAAGUGUCAAAAUUGCCAAGCUGUUUGUUAGUCUGCCUGAUUGGUGUCGCAGCCGAUGUCCCUUUGAUUACAGCUGUUGCUUUGUGGAAAAGCCCUUACAUGUUGUUUAAAGGUUGGAAGAGGCUUUUAGAAGACUUGAUUGGCAGAGAAGGACCUUUCUUAGAGACAGUUUGUGUGCCGUUUGCUGCUCUUGCCAUUAUCUUAUGGCCUCUGGCUGUUGUUGGAGCAGUGAUGGGUGCAAUUGUCUCUAGUUUCUUUCUGGGGCUAUACAGUGGAGUUGUUGUUCAUCAGGAAGACUCACUCUGCCUGGGACUUGCAUUUGUCAUAUCGGUGGUAUCCUUGUUCGAUGAAUAUGUAAAUGACUUACUGUAUUUGAAAGAGGGAUCCUGCCUCCCGAGGCCUAAUUACAGUAGAGACAUGAGCUCCGGAUCAGUCAGAAGCAAGCUAGAUGACAGCCGUGACAAUGAGUUGAGGAAUGGAAAUGAAUGCUCAAUUACUUCAAAACUAGAGAGAGAUGGCUCAUUCACUUCAAAACUUGUCUCGGAAGGUUCGAGAACAUUGAAAUGGGCAAUUCAACAGUAUAAACCAAUGCAGGUGUGGGACUGGCUAUUUAAAUCUUGUGAGGUGAAUGGCAGGAUACUCAUUCACGAUGGUCUGAUAAAUCUCAAGGACAUCGGAGAAUGCAUUUUAACGGGUGAUUGUAAGAAGUUGGGGGUGAAACUGCCUGCUUGGUCUAUAUUACAAUGUCUGCUUAGAUCAGCCAAGUCCAACUCAUCGGGGUUGAUGAUCUCUGAUGAUGUGGAGCUGACGAGGAGAAAUGGACCCAAAGACAAGGUGUUUGAGUGGUUUAUUGGACCCUUGUUGAUCAUGAAAGAACAAAUAAAGGCUCUCCAGUUGCAUGAGAAUGAAGAAAACUGUCUGAAAGAUUUGCUCAUGAGGGGCAAAAAUUAUAAACCCGAGGAGUGGGACAAAACUUGCUUCCCGUCCACUGAUAAUGUUAGGAGAGCUCAAUUACAAGCUAUAAUUAGAAGACUGCAGGGCCUUGUAGCGUCAAUUUCUCGCAUACCGACAUUCAGGCGCCGAUUUAGGAAUCUUGUGAAGGUGUUAUAUUUGGAAGCACUUCAAGAUAGUGCUUCAGCUGACCGCAUGGGAGGCAUCUUGGAACCCAGGUAUGGAAAUGGAAACGGGAGCUCGAUUCAGAGGGACGAAACUCAAAACAGGGCAACCGAGUACAGUACGAACAACACCGUGGAUAUAGUUUGAUAAAGAAUGACCUUCAUGCUGCUUGAAGAAUACCAUUUCCAUUUGCUGUUUGUUUGAGAAGAAGAGGACUUCCAGCUUGGGUUCAUAAAGAGCACUUACCAUCUAUAUACAGGCUUCUCUGAGAAGCAGAGAAACUAAUAUUGAACCUCACAACUUUGGUUCAGAGUUUUAGCCUUGUACUAAAAAUUUUACCACUCAUUUCUUACUUUCUUUCUUUAUGAGACGUGUACAUUGAAAAUCAUGGGGAUACAGAGAUUGAAGAAAACCUUAUAAAGGAGAUUUGUAAGCAA